AGGAAAUCGCUUCUUGUUUUUCAAACAGCAACGAGGCUCUAGGGGAUGGCUCUGUGAGGCUUGGAGGAGUGCAGCUCUGGGAGGCAAAAGUUGAGCAAAGGAGUGGCCAGACCUGUUCAUCAUGAUGCCUGCCCUGCUGCCUCCUGACUGUCUGUGAGCCCCCUAAGAAGGCUGCGGGGCCAAUGGCCCCGUAGUGAAAGACAGAGAAGUUUCUAGGCAUCUGUUGAGAGCAGGCGCUUGCUUGGAGACAGCAACGGUGGUGGACAGGUAACAGAUUUUUCUCUUUCUGUGGUUUGUGUCCCUUUGUAGCCAGACAUCUGGCAACCGGAGGCAUUUGUACGAUCCAAUCCGUGUUGACUCUGUUACUCUCUGACUUAUAAUCUUUAGCAUAGCGGUGUGUGACGAAGAUAACUUAAGAUCACUGCGCUGCUGGAAGUCCACAGUGAGGCCGGCUUUGGGGGGGGGCGGGAAUGGGGGGUGUCUCCCUCCAGUUCACUGCUGGGACCUGUUAAGAUUUUCUCUUUAGUAGGGAUUGCUUUCUGAAUCCUCCCAAACUGGUCAGGAGCUUUGGUGAGUCAGUACUGCCCUGAGAGUCAGACAGCCAUUGUGGUGGCGGCCUGGAGCAAGAGGAGAUUUCAUUAGCGCAGCUGAAGGAGCUCUGAGACAGUGCUUGGGUGGGGCAUGGAGACCUCCUGCCUGUGGCUGAGAGGAAAGGAGCAUAGGUAUUGCUUAGUUAAAACAUCUGGUCUUAAAAACCAGUAAGUCUUGCUUUGAAUGUUGUAGAACGUCGGGAACAAAAUCUCUAGAGUGUACACUUUACUUAAAUAGUUAUUUUCUUGUAUUUUGUAGAAAGUCAAGUUGUACAACUCCACCAUAGCCCUUUGUCCUUUUGAAAAGGUCUAAAUGAAUUGGGGUUUUUGUUUGUUUUUAUUUUGUUUGCUUUUCCUAGUUUUUGAGGCAGGGUCUUGUGUCUUGUUUCAUAGCCCUGCUUGGCCUGGAAUUUGCUGUAUAGACAGGGCUGGCCUCAGACUUGUUGAUUCUGUGUAUAAAGUACUUGGAAGUCAGAGGUGACUUUUUCUAAUUGCAUAGGAAUAUAUGAAAGACUAGUUCUUGACAGCUUUAAAAUUAUAUACUUCUCAAUACAGUUUUCCCCUCUCCCCACAAACUCUCCUUCAAGUACUCUGUGUGGUAUUAGGUAAAGGUUUUUUGUUUGUUCGUUUUGUUCUUCCUGGCUCCUAGAAUAAGCCAGGAUGAGGCCCCACAAGUUUUCAUUGUCGAUUUUUUGAUGACACUUAAUAUCUCUUCUGUUGAAGGAUAACAUGACAUGGGAGGAAUGUGCCCAGCUCACUAAAAUUUAGAAAGUAUGAAAAAAAAACCCUCUCCUUUUUACUAUUUUUGCUAUUUUUGGUGUUGCCUCUGCACUUACUAAUAUUAAUAUCAACUUCGUAAGAAUGAGACUUUAAGAUUAACAGCAGUUUGGGCAUUUUUCUUUGAAGGACAUCAGUUAACAAUAUUUUGGAGGGUUACUGGGGAAAAAACCCCCCAAAAAACCAGUAUUUUGGAAAUAAGAAGGGAGACAAGUAAAGAAAUCAGCUGGCUACGUAGAUCAGUCUGUCAUUCGAAAGCUAAAUUCUUGACCAAGGGAAGGCUAGAUGAAGGCAGGGAAACUUUGAUUUUUUACUUGAGUCAUCUUCCAAAUAUUUUAAUCAUCUGUAAAAGGUGUCCUUCUCUCUCUGCCACCGCUCUCUAUAUUGUAAAAAAUAAAAGUCUAAUAAAAGCAUAACAAUGAGCAAGGCUGCAUGGGUCAUAGAGAAGGGUAGGGACCUUCAUAAAGAAAAAGCAAGCAAGGAAAAACGAGAGUAAAAAACCUGUAAGAGUAAUAACAAUUCACUCAAUUGUUCAUUUUUCUUGAUGCAGUCCAAACCCUGGAGGAGGGGGAUCACUUGGGCUACUGGAGUUGAUAUUCUGCCUUGGACUGUCUAGUUCAACUUGCUUUCCACAGUUCAACCUCAGAGCACUCACUAAGCUAACAAGCCCGCUCUGCCCACUGCACUGACAUGGGGGGGGGGGAGGCUGGGCAGCACAGUGCUGUACUAAAAUGCAGUCAUAUCAGAGGAUUCUUAGCAGCAGCUCAGGGUGGUGACAAAGCCAUGCAGGUGGCCACCUCCCGAGUAGUGAGGUCGUCCAGUCUUUUGUAAAUCUCAGUUGAGUCUCUUAAACUCAAACACAACUUUCAUCCUCCGAGAAGGCACCCACACUCCUUUGCUGGGCCACAGGUAAAACUGGCAUCCAAUUCUUGUUCUGUUGAAUAAAAUGAGAAGCGAAAAAUAGCAAAGUGACAGUGAUUUGCCCAGCUUUUCAGUGACUCUCUUGCAGGCCUCCAGGAUGAGAAUUCAGGUCUCUUUUCAGUCCAUCAGCGCCUUUCUUAGCUAGGAAUGUGAGGAUAAAAAGAUAUCGGAGAAUUUACACCAUUAUCUUGAGCACAUUCGCUCUAACAGCAUGGUGAAUGCUUUGCUGGGAGUGUGAAAGGGCACCGAAUUACUGCACCGUUCGGAUUGCUUGCAGACUAGAAUGCCUGCUGUUGGUUGCUGUCGGCCUCGGGAGCUUUCCAAAACCAGAGGAAGGACCACACACUUCACCGUUGCAGUCGGAUCAUAACCUUUCUGCAUUUGUUAUUUGCCCUCCUGUCUUCCAACUGCUUCCAUUACACCCGCAAGGUCGAGAAUGGGACCUGGAUGCAAAUGGGGUGGCUUGGUUACCAGCAGCAGCACCUGGUUAUGAUUCUGGAAAGCCUGGGCUGAGCUCAGCUGUAAGCAUUCCGAGUUAGAAUCCUGGCAGGCAAGGAUGGAGAAGACAUUCCUGUCCCAACCCACGGUGGCAUUGUCUUUGCAGCGUCAACUGGAAUGACCUCUCUGACUUGACGCAGACGCAUUAGCUCCUGUUGCUUGCAGAUCCUAUGGAGUCAGAUUAGAUGUUCUAGUAAACAGGAUGUUCUCCAUCAAAUGCACGAACUGGCUGUGGGCACAUCGUAAAUGCCCGAGUGGCUUGCCAGCUCUGCAUUGCAGUCCACACUGUUUGACUCUGGUCACCAUCCUCAAUAGAACCGGAAUCUUGCUUACUUCCUAAAAGAUAAUCAUAAAAGUAAAACCACAGCCUCGGGGAAUCAGGUAUUCCAGAGAGGCUUGCUAGGUUUUGCAGAAUUAAAAAAAAACACAGGGGAUCUUGUCCUGUAAUCACUUUAGACUCUUAACAUGAGUUAAGGAGCAAGCAUUGAGAGUUUUAGUAACAUAUAUUCACUUCCUGCUUACCAUGCCCCUAGCAUUGCGUCCAGCGCCUUGUAAAGAUUACUCUUCUUUUUUCGGUUGUGCCGAUAGGCCUGUGUUGAUAUCAUCUUUAUUUUGUAGGUGAGCAAAUAUACAAAGGUUAAGUAAAUUGUUUUAGAACAAAUAACCAGUGGGUAAUAGAGUCACAAUUACAUUUCAGGCAGCCUGACCUCAGAGUUUAUUUGCCGAAUUAUUAUGCUACACUCCAAAAACCGUAACAGCAGUGCUAAGUGGUCCAUUAGGACAGAAAAGAAGCCAGAUAUAGAAAUGCAGGCGUAUUUCAAAGGAUGCAUCCCUGAAGGAACAACAAGUGAGGCGAUGUGCUACAACGGUUACAGAUUUAGGCUUGGCAAUCGGUACUACCACUUGCUACGUGACCUGGGGAUAUUGCGUAAUUUAGCCAGUCAUUGGUCCCCCCCCCACCCCCCGUUCUACAAGUGGGGACAAUGGAGGUUUUCCUAAGACAAGAUCACAAGGAGUAAGAGAGCUUGAUGUGUGUGGAUGUUUAGCCAUAGGUCUAGUCUGUAGACGUGCUUGAUAAAAGGUAGCGGUCAUUGUUAUUGAGUUUAAAAGCCAGCGGAAGGUGGGGGCAAACAAUGAGUGAAACUCAAAAAGGAAAAAAAAAAAAGAAGCUUCACAGUGGUCAAGAACUGUAUGAGAAGACACCCAGAGGUGGCAAAGCCACUCAAACCUGAAGAAAUGAAAUCGUCAAGGACUGUCACGCUCUACUUUGUGCUUAUUGUGAUUUGUUCCUCAGAAGCUACAUGGAGCAGGCCAGCAGAGCCCAUUGUCCAUCCUUUGAUUCUCCAAGAACAUGAACUAGCAGGGGAAGAGCUACUGAGGCCAAAAAGAGCAGUUGCAGUGGGUGGUCCUGUGGCAGAAGAAUACACCGUGGAUGUUGAGAUCAGUUUUGAAAAUGUCUCCUUCCUGGAGUCCAUCAGAGCUCACUUAAACAGCCUCCGUUUUCCAGUUCAGGGGAACGGCACUGACAUUUUGAGUAUGGCAAUGACUACAGUCUGCACUCCUACUGGGAAUGACCUCUUGUGCUUCUGCGAGAAAGGCUACCAGUGGCCUGAGGAAAGGUGUCUCUCCUCUCUCACUUGUCAAGAGCAUGACAGCGCCCUGCCAGGCCGAUACUGCAAUUGUCUGAAAGGACUUCCUCCCCAAGGACCUUUCUGCCAGCUCCCAGAAACAUACAUUACCUUAAAAAUCAAAGUCAGACUGAACAUAGGAUUUCAAGAAGACCUAGAGAACACAUCCUCUGCCCUCUAUAGGUCCUACAAGACUGAUCUGGAAAGAGCGUUCCGAGCGGGUUACAGAACUUUACCAGGAUUCAGAUCGGUGACUGUGACACAGUUCACCAAGGGCAGCGUGGUUGUGGACUACAUAGUCGAGGUUGCAUCGGCACCACUGCCUGGAUCAAUUCAUAAAGCCAAUGAGCAAGUCAUACAGAACCUCAACCAGACUUACAAAAUGGACUACAACUCCUUCCAAGGAACACCAAGCAAUGAAACAAAGUUCACUGUGACACCAGAGUUCAUCUUUGAAGGAGACAAUGUAACUCUGGAAUGCGAAAGUGAAUUCGUGUCCUCCAACACAUCUUGGUUCUAUGGAGAAAAACGGUCUGACAUCCAGAACAGUGACAAAUUCUCCAUUCACACCUCAAUCAUCAACAAUAUAAGCCUGGUCACCCGCCUCACUAUUUUCAACUUCACACAGCAUGAUGCAGGCUUAUAUGGUUGCAAUGUGACACUGGAUAUUUUUGAAUAUGGGACAGUCAGAAAAUUAGAUGUCACUCCCAUCCGGAUUUUGGCCAAGGAAGAGAGAAAGGUGGUGUGUGACAAUAACCCUAUAUCGUUGAACUGCUGCAGCGAGAAUAUCGCGAACUGGAGCAGAAUCGAGUGGAAACAGGAGGGGAAAAUAAACAUUGAAGGCCAGACCUCUAAGGACGAAGUACAUUCAACAGGAAGAGGAAGGGGAGAUACAAGUGUGAACACAGGGACCCCAGAAACAGACCUAGAGUCUAGCUGCAGCACUUAUACACUCAAGGCAGAUGGAACCCAGUGUCCCAGUGGUUCUUCUGGAACAACAGUCAUCUACACAUGUGAGUUCGUCAGCGUCUACGGAGCCAAAGGCAGUAAGAACAUAGCCGUGACCUUCACCUCUGUAGGAGAUAAUUCCAGCUACAAAGGGGAAGUGCCCGAGGCCCCAAGGCAUGUGAUGGAAGUGAGUACAGUUCAGAGCACCACCGGGAACAGACUAGAAACAAGUAAAUCCCAGGAGCAGCAAGCCAACCUAACAAUAACCCCGGACCCAAUUUCUGUUUCUGAGGGACAAAGCUUUUCUAUAACUUGCCUCAGCGAUGUGAGUAGCUUUGAUGAGGUGUACUGGAACACUUCCGCUGGUAUUAAAAUCCAUCCAAGGUUUUAUACCAUGAGGAGGUAUCGGGAUGGAGCAGAGUCGGUGCUGACGGUGAAGACCUCCACCAGAGAGUGGAACGGAACCUACCACUGCAUAUUUAGAUAUAAGAAUUCAUACAGCAUAGCCACCAAAGAUGUCACUGUUCACCCUCUGCCUCUGGAGUCAGACAUCAUGAUGGAUCCUUUGGAAGCCAGUGGUCUGUGCACCAGUUCCCAUCAGUUCAAGUGCUGCAUAGAAGAGAACGAUGGGGAAGAGUACAUUGUGACUUUCCACGUGGAUUCCUCAUCCUUUCCUGCUGAAAGAGAAGUUAUUGGCAAGCAGGCAUGCUACACAUACAGUCUCCCAGGAAAGUUACCAUCACGGUGUCCCAAAGACAUUGACGUGUUCUGCCACUUUACCAAUGCAGCCAACAGCUCAGUCCGGAGCCCAUCUAUGAAGCUUACCCUUGUUCCAGGGAAGAAUAUCACAUGCCAGGAUCCCAUCAUAGGUAUUGGGGAACCUGGGAAAGUCAUCCAGAAGCUGUGCCAGUUUGCAGGUGUUUCUAGAAGCCCUGGACAGACCAUUGGUGGAACCGUCACUUAUAAAUGUGUAGGCUCCCAGUGGAAGGAGGAGACAAGGGCCUGCAUAUCAGCCCCAAUCAAUGGUUUGCUCCAGUUGGCCAAGGCUUUGAUCAAGAGCCCCUCCCAGGAUCAGAAGCUCCCUAAAUACCUGCGGGACCUUUCUGUUAGCACUGGGAAGGAAGAACAGGAUAUACGCUCGUCGCCCGGGAGCCUGGGAGCCAUCAUCAGCAUCCUUGAUUUGCUUUCAACAGUUCCCACUCAAGUGAAUUCAGAAAUGAUGAGGGAUAUACUUGCUACCAUUAAUGUCAUCUUAGACAAGUCCACCUUGAACUCCUGGGAGAAGUUACUACAGCAACAGAGCAACCAGAGCUCUCAGUUCCUGCAGUCAGUGGAGAGGUUUUCCAAAGCGCUCGAGCUGGGAGACAGCACCCCUCCCUUCCUCUUCCACCCUAAUGUUCAGAUGAAGAGCAUGGUGAUAAAACGUGGCCACGCCCAAAUGUACCAACAGAAAUUUGUCUUCACAGACUCUGACCUAUGGGGUGAUGUAGCCAUUGAUGAGUGUCAGCUGGGAAGCUUGCAGCCUGAUUCAUCGAUCGUUACUGUGGCUUUCCCAACUCUCAAAGCCAUCCUGGCCCAGGAUGGACAGAGAAAGACACCCUCCAACAGCCUAGUAAUGACCACCACUGUCAGCCAUAAUAUCGUCAAGCCUUUUAGGAUUUCUAUGACAUUCAAGAACAACCAUCGUUCGGGUGGCAAGCCACAGUGUGUCUUCUGGAACUUCAGCCUUGCCAAUAAUACAGGGGGCUGGGAUAGCAGUGGGUGCACUGUGGAAGAUGAUGGUAGGGACAAUAGGGACAGAGUCUUCUGCAAGUGUAACCACCUGACGUCAUUCUCCAUUCUCAUGUCCCCAGACUCCCCAGACCCAGGAUCUCUUUUAAAAAUACUUCUGGAUAUCAUUUCUUACAUCGGGUUGGGCUUUUCCAUAGUCAGCUUAGCUGCCUGUCUAGUUGUGGAAGCCAUGGUGUGGAAAUCAGUGACCAAGAACCGAACUUCCUAUAUGCGCCACAUCUGCAUCGUCAACAUUGCCCUUUGCCUUCUGAUUGCUGACAUCUGGUUCAUUGUGGCUGGUGCUAUCCAUGAUGGGCAUUACCCACUCAACGAAACAGCCUGUGUGGCCGCCACAUUCUUCAUUCACUUCUUCUACCUCAGUGUCUUCUUCUGGAUGCUAACUCUGGGCCUCAUGCUCUUCUACCGGCUGAUUUUCAUUCUACAUGACGCGAGCAAGUCCACGCAGAAAGCCAUUGCCUUUUCUCUAGGCUAUGGCUGUCCACUCAUUAUCUCAUCCAUCACAGUGGGGGUUACACAGCCACAGGAAGUUUACAUGAGGAAGAAUGCAUGUUGGCUCAACUGGGAGGACACCAGAGCACUGCUGGCUUUUGCCAUCCCAGCGUUGAUUAUUGUGGUGGUGAACGUGAGCAUCACAGUUGUGGUCAUCACCAAGAUCCUAAGGCCCUCCGUCGGAGACAAGCCAGGCAAGCAGGAGAAGAGCAGCCUAUUCCAGAUCAGCAAGAGCAUUGGAGUCCUCACGCCACUCUUGGGGCUCACUUGGGGUUUUGGUCUGGCCACAGUGAUCCAGGGGAGCAAUGCUGUGUUCCACAUCAUAUUUACUCUCCUCAAUGCCUUUCAGGGGCUCUUCAUUUUGCUCUUUGGCUGCCUCUGGGAUCAGAAGGUACAGGAAGCUUUGCUGCAUAAGUUUUCAUUGUCAAGGUGGUCUUCUCAACACUCAAAGUCAACAUCCUUAGGUUCAUCAACACCUGUGUUUUCGAUGAGUUCUCCGAUAUCCCGAAGAUUUAAUAAUCUUUUUGGUAAAACAGGAACAUAUAACGUUUCCACCCCAGAGACAACCAGCUCAUCCGUGGAAAAUUCCUCUAGUGCUUACUCAUUGCUCAACUAGGACCAGAUAAUGCCAAAUUCACAGGAGCUCUCAGAAAUAGGGCCCCUGCCAAGAAAAGGGACCCAUAUCCAAAUCUAUGGGUAAAGUGUUCUCUCUGCAGACUUCUGGGAGCAGAUGCUGAAGAGACUCUUUGAAUAGAGAAGAUGCUUUCUUUUGUAAAGACAGACUAAAUGUUUAAUUUUGCUCCCACCCCUAUCCCUUGUGUAAUGCCAAAUAUGUAUAGUAUUUAAAAGAACCCUCCCACAAGGCUCAACCUUUCUCUGUGUAUUGUAAAAUAGAAAAUUGAGAGUUUUACACACACACACACACACACACACACACACACACACACACACCCCAUUGGCUACAAAGAUAAAAGCUGAUUGAAACAGUAAGUAAAAAGUGAGUAUCCAGAAUUUCAGUGAAUUCAAGAAAGGAAGGAGUGGGGAGGGGAGAGAAAGGAUGAUAUAAUGGAAGGUAGGAAUGAAGGGAAGGAGGGAGGGGUGAGAUAGGAAGGAAGGAAGGAUGAUGUAGAAAACGUUAGGGAGCACAUCAAUUUCCACAAUUGUGAUCUAAUAUGGCUACUCAUCUACCACAGCCCUGGGAAUGAAAUAUAUGGCUUAAAAAAGGAAAAUGAGAUGAAACCAUGGGGAAUGUAGGUAAGUUUCUGAUCUUUCCCUGGCUAAAAGGAUAAAAGACAGAGGAGGGAAAGUAGAAAAGAAAGUAGGAGGGAAAGAUCACCAUGAGGAUGCUUGUGGCUGGAUGAUAAUAUUUGCAAGCAGUGCACCCAAGGAGACACGGUUCUCCUCAUGAAAAGGACAUGUAUGAAUCUUUGUAUGUCAAGGGUUGAGCAAAGCAGGGUGAACAUGCAGAGCAUGUAUGACAGCCACUCUGUAAGAUUCAAGAAAGGUUUGUUUCUCAUGAUCUGUCAGAAAAGUAUUGCAUGCUAGUUCAUUCAGCAUUUUGGAAGCAAUGCAUGCAUAUGCAUAUAUUUUCUCCAGUAAUUGACAAACUUGAUCUACUGCACUGAGAUCAGAGUCCCACAUCUUCCUUACAUGUAACAGCUUUAACCAGGUACUCGCUGUGCAUUGUAGAAUAGAUUUAAUAAUUGUGUAGCGUGUACAUUUUUAUUAUGCCUUUGUGACUUCAUUGCAACCAUGGCAACGAUAGCCCUUGGUGUGCCAUCCGUAUUGCUAUGCACUAUCCUUUCCCAGCCAUCUAAGUUCCCAGGCCAAUAUACAUUGAGAGUUUCUAUGGCCUGAUUUGUGUUUCUUGCAGCCACUUGGAAGGCUUCUGGAGAAAAAGUAGCUGGCUCUUCUGUGCUCCCAGCCAUGUUUUACUUUGAUAAGGAAACGGCAGAUCCCCUACCCCCACCACCAAGAGUUAGAUUGUGAAUUUAUACCUAUGUGGUUUUUGUAUGUGUGUCUCGCAAAAAUACAGAUAUUUAUUAAAACUGCAUCAUCCAUGUUAGAACUCCCAUGCUCUGUACCCAAGAGCAAGCAUGCAUUCCAUAUCCAAGUGUGGUCUUAAAGGAACAGUGUCAGUAAGGAUGAUGUCUUAAGUUAAUUUCUCACUGCUGUAGUAAGGCAUGCUGAUGAAAACCUACAGGAAAAAAGGUUUGUUUUGGCUUACCCUUUGGAUUACAGCCCAUCAUGACUGGGAAAGCACGGCUGUAGGAGCAUGAAGCCACCCCAUCACACAGCCUCAGCAGUCUGGAAAUAAAGAACAGGAAGUGGGGUCAGACUGUGCAAACUCUAAGCCCUCCCACCCGGUGACAUCUUUCCUCUAGCCAGGCUCCACCUCAUAAAAGUUCUAUAAUCUUCCCAAACAGCACCAUUAAUUGCGGGCAGAGGGUUCUGAUACAUGGGCCUAUGGGGGACAUUUUACAUUCAAACAACAACAUACAGCAGACUCUUUAGGAUGGAUAUGCAGUGUUGGAGGUUUAUGGAAUGAGAGAUUAUGUGGGGUCCUUCCUUGGGAAGACAGGAGAAGAGCCUGAGGUCUGAUAUUCAAAGUUUUAAGUACUUUCGGUCUCUUAGUUCUAAGCUUAAAUUCUACUUCCACUUCUCUGUUCUUCAUAGAGGAAGGAAGAGCAGGGUGGGGCAUACAAAGUCCCAUCCCUUGAGUUCUGUUUCUACUCAAGUGCCAUUCGCAUCUUCCCACACUUUCGUGAGAACCACCACACACCCGUGCCAAUUUAAAGGCUCAUUAUUUAAACUUCUUACAGGAAAGGAAUCCACAGGAAAUGUGGGUGCAUUCUCCAGAGAGUCUCCAAAGCAGAGCAGAGUUCAGUAGAGGGAAGACAGAGAGGAAUCUAGGAUGGGGCAUCCUUUGGUUUAGAAUCAGGUAUUAGAAAGAAUUGACCUGGACGGUUCAGCCCCUUGGGUUACAUUAAGGAGCACUGAGCCAGAGGUGAUUGCGUAGUAUAACAAAACAACAUUUGCAUCCUAGAAGCUCAGCACCAGGAGAGGCUGGGGCUUUUGUGCUCAAGAAUGCAAAGGUCCAAAGAACACUGAACUUUGGCCCACUUCAUUGGUGCCCCUUGGGAGCCAUUGGGCUUGACCUUGUAAGGAGAUCCUUCACAGCAGCAUAAUAGUAGGAACUCUGAGCUGGAAUUCCAUAGGAUGCAGAUCUGGCCCUCUGCCUGCUUUCAUUCAGAAAGACACGUCCCCCUGUCACCAACUAGCAUGCCUACAAAUUCUAAUGCACACAUGAAUUCAUACACAGACCCACAAAUUGACAAUGACACAUAGGAAAAUGUUGGGGCACGCGCACACACACACAGACACAGAAGCACAUAUGAACACACAUUAACACCCAAAUGCACAGGCACACAUGUACAAAUGUCUUCAUGAGAACUGCCACAUCUCUGUUCCAACUGAAUGGCUUUGUGUUUAAAAUCCCUAUGGGAAGUUUGUUGGUUUGUAAAUGCAGAAUCUAGGAAGGGGCAGACAUAUACACAUCCACUCCAACACGCUCAUACACAAUGUACCCAGCACUGGAUUCCAGAAAAGGAGGCUGGAGAUGUGGCUCAGUGGUUAAGAAUGUAUACUGCUCUUACAGAGGAAUCCCAAGUUCAGUUCCCACCAUCCACGUUGGGCAACUCACUAUCUCCUGCAGCUCUACCUGAAAGGAAUCCAUUUCUCUCUUCUUGACUUUGAGGGUACGUACAUGGAUGUGAUUAAGGUUUUAAAAAUAAAUUCCAGAAAAUCUCGGUAACAAAACAUGGAAGGAGCACUUUGGGGUACAGCACCACUGUACAUGGAACCCCACAUUAACAUUUCUAAAUGAUACCAUAAAGUAAACGCAGUAGCCAAAGUUUUAAAAGAUAGAAGUACACAGGGUCUCUGCAUGGUGUGAAAACGAGAGCCUGAACCUGUUCUUCAGCAGCAUCGGGCACUAAUUGUGACAGAGAAGGCAUGGCCUCUGAUCUUGGUGCCAAGUGAGUCAUGUUCACUUUGCUAGGAGAGCGCCCCCUGCUGCCCAAAUUCCCACAUGUCUUUAAAGUAGAUUCCAAGGGCCAUCAACUUUCCACUGUCCGUUAAGGUGGUUUCUUGCAAAAAGAUCUAUCUAGUGUUUCAGGGGUUGUGAAGUUGGAGAAUCCAAAAAUACACAAUCAAUACGCAGCAGUGUGCUCAGGGAAUACUGUAUGAAUCACCCAGGGAGGAAAUGGAGAAACGCCAUGGGAAGUCAGGACCUUUUGUGAUUUGUGUAGGGCCCUUCUGAGAGGUCUGUGUUGGAAGAUGAGAAAGAGUACAGCAGCCGGUCAGUGUGGAGAGAGACCUAAGGGAGAGUUAUGUGCAGGUGAGUGGAGGAGUAACCCACAGCCAGUUACAAAGACAGGAAAAAAAACUAUAUGGGCUGUUUAUUUGGGGAAAACGUGUUUUAUCUGCAACAGGUAGAAGUGCUGUCUAUGGACUUUUGAACUCCAAAGAGGAAGCCAAUGACCCAGGUCAACAGAAGCCUGGCUCCUUGAGAAUUCACAAGGAAGGAGCUUAGAACAGACAUCUAUUUCUUACUGAUUGUUAAAGACAACAGAAAUAGCAUUUCUAUUGCAACCAGAUGUCUCGGAGUUUAAAAUCAUAUCCUACUAAAAUCUCAGUGUAUAGUGAUGCUUUUUUUCCUAAUAAUAAAAUACCUAAUGAUUUACCCAG